AUGGAACAGUCGACGGGCAAAGCCCGUCGAGAGGGAGAAGAGGAUGCCGAAGCGCCGAAAGAGUACAGGUGCAACGUCCUCAUGAGUCUCGCCCUUAGCGUGGUGAAGCGCGAGAGUGAGAAGGCGGCGCUGCUCAAGUUGAAGGGUUAUGAACGCGCGGACAUAGAGAGGACGCGUGGGAAGCAUUCGGUUGUCUGUCGCCACUGGCUCAAGGGAAUGUGCAUGAAGGGAGAAUUCUGCGACUUCCUUCACCAGCUCGUAUACUCCCGAAUGCCGCCGUGCAGACUGUUCGAGAAGAACGGGUUCUGCAUUGACAACCAAAGGGGCAACUGUAUCUUUCAGCACAUUGUGGAGCAGCCAGACUCCGGACCAUCGCAAGAUCCACGGAUCAAGGAGGCCAUCGCAAACGGCAUCAACUUCGCAGAAAUAUCGCAUGAAACCGACCCAGAUGGAUUCGCCACCGCUUUUGUGCUUGCAAUCAGCACGGUUUUCCCGAAAAUAUCCGACCUGGCGAUCAUGGAGGAGGCCAUGCCCCCCUCGCCACAGCCACAGGACCUCGUGGAGCCGGUAAACGAAAAUGUUAACGCAGCUAUGGCGUCGACAAAUGCGUCAGACGUCGAGGCUAAUGAGGAUAGGCCUCUCAUCAGCGCGUCGAUACCGGGGCUGGUGAAAUUUGACGCAGCCGCGAUGCUAGAUGGCGAACGACGAUCGCAUGCAUUGUUCGACGUCAACAGCAACAACACGAAGUGCUUCAUGAUUAAGAGCAACAACAUGAUGAACAUAUACUUCUCCAUCUGCUACGGAAUAUGGGCGACGGGCAUAAACAACACUUUAAAACUCGUCAACGCUUUCCAAAAGUGCGAGCAUGUCAUACUGAUUUUUUCGGGAAACGAGAGCGGCGGGUUCCAGGGGUACGCAAAGAUGAUGACGUUGCCGAUACCAGGACUAUACCAGGGUAUCUGGGGAAGCUUUCAUUCCCGGCUGGGUGACAACUUCCGGGUGAAGUGGAUCAAGCAGUGCUCAGUGGAGUUCGAGGUGCUCAGGCAUGUCACCAACCAGUACAACCAAAAUCUGCCUCUCAAAAAAUCCAGGGAUGGAACAGAGCUACCACUGGACGUGGCAGAGACCAUAUGUAACACGCUAUACAACGCACCGGAGGACGACCUACUGAAAGGUACUCCAAUGGCCACGUGGGAACGCAUCGACCACGAGACAUAUUUCGAUGAGCUCAACAGCAAGAAUCUGCUAUAUACAACAUUCGGGUUGCCAUUCACGCCAAUCAAUAAGUAA